AUGGCACCUGUGGGCAAGCUCUAUUGUGUCUCUACCAUGUCCCAGACCAAGGCGAUCAGAAGCGUCUGUGCACUAGCAGGUCUUGAGCUCGAGAUCCCUGAGUAUCAGCACUUUUCGGACAACCAGAAGCCAGAGUUUCUUGCCAAGUUCCCUCAUGGAAAGAUCCCCGCUUUCGAGGGCGCAAACGGCUUUAACCUCACGGAGGGUGCCCCGAUUGCACGGUAUCUCGCCGGCCUUGCUCCCAACUCUGGUCUUCUCGGCUCGACACCAGAGGAUGCCGCAGUCGUUGAUCAAUGGAACUUCCUUCCCUACAGCAAAGGCAUCCACACCGCCCUCGCUGAGCGCCAAUUGCGCAGCCUAAUCACCCUCGAGACUCAUCUGAGCACCCGUACUUUCCUCGUUGGCGACCGCAUUACUCUUGCUGACAUUACUACCGCCGCUGUUCUCCAGCGCGUCGUUUCCGUCACUGCAGACGCCGAUCCCAAACUCGAGGCUAUCUUCGGUCCUACUGAGUACACCGAGAAGGCGCUGCAGUACGUCCCUCCAAAAAAGGAGAAGGCGCCUGCACCCCCAGCUGCACCAAAAGAGAAGAAGGAGAAGCCAAAGAAAGCCGCUGAGGACGAUGACGAAGAUGAUGGCAACCUUGUGCCUGAGGAGCCCAAGGAAAAGAAUCCCUUGGAACUGCUCCCAAAGAGCACGUUCAACCUCGAGGACUGGAAACGUGCCUACAGCAACAAGGACACGCGCGGCGCUGAUGGUUCGCUAGAGUGGUUCUAUGCCAACUUCGACAAGGAGGGCUUCUCCGUCUGGCGCGUAGACUUCAAAUACAAUGAGGAACUCACGCAAGUUUUCAUGUCCUCCAACCAGAUCGGUGGCUUCUUCAACCGCCUCGAGGCAUCACGCAAGUACCUCUUCGGAUCGGUGGGCGUGCUUGGCCAGGCCAAUGCCUCUAUUAUCUCUGGCGUCCUCAUCCUGCGGGGCCAAGACUCAAAGGCAGCCGUAGACUGUGCACCAGACUUUGAGAGCUACGAAUACACCAAACUAGAUGUGUUUGGUAACCAGCAAGACAAAGCCUUCUUCGAGGGCGCACUUGCAUGGGAUCUAGAGGUCGAUGGCAAGAAAUGGGCGGACGGAAAGAAUUUCAAGUAA